GCUCUUGCUGCUCCUAUUUGCUGACCGGUUGGAUUAGCUCGAGUUGUGCCAAGAUGUCAUCACACCAAAUGCAGUGCAAACAGAAAACCACCUUGCCUCCUCCCUUGUGCAAAGGGCCACCGAAUCAGGGUCAGGACCCAGUGCCGCUCCCAGAGCCAGUGCCACUGCCAGCUCCAAUACCAGAGCCAGGACAAGGAAAAACACCAGACAUUAAGAUACCAGAGUGUCCACCGCAGCAACAGCAGCAAUGUAAGCUGCCUCCAAUCAUCCCACCAUGUCCCCCUCCCUGCAAGGAGCCACCAAUGCCAGAGCCCAUGCCAUUCCCUGAGCCAGUGCCUUGCCCAGAAAAACCAGUGCCACUGCCAGCUCCACUGCCAGAGCCAGGAAAAGGGAAAACACCAGACAUUAAGAUACCAGAGUGUCCACCACAGCAACAGCAGCAAUGCAACGAACCUCCAAUAAUCAUCCCACCAUGUCCUCCACCCUGCAAGGAGCCACCAAUGCCAGAGCCCAUGCCAUUCCCUGAGCCAGUGCCUUGCCCAGAAAAGCCAGUGCCACUGCCAGCUCCACUGCCAGACCCAGGCCAAGGGAAAACACCAGACAUUAAGAUACCAGAGUGUCCACCACAGCAACAGCAGCAAUGUAAGUUGCCUCCAAUCAUCCCACCAUGCCCACCACCCUGCAAGGAGCCACCUGUACCAGAGCCCAUGCCAUUCCCUGAGCCAGUUCCUUGCCCAGAAAAACCAGUGCCACUGCCAGCUCCACUGCCAGCUCCAAUGCCAGACCCAGGUCAAGGGAAAACACCAGACAUUAAGAUACCAGUGUGUCCACCACAGCAACAGCAACAAUGCAAGGAACCUCCAGUAGUCAUCCCACCGUGUCCUCCACCCUGCAAGGAGCCACCAGUGAAGUGCCCACCUCCCUGUCCCCCCAUCCAACAGCAGCAACAGAAGCAGCCGUGCCAGUGGCCACCUCAGCAGAAGUAAGCUGCAGAUAGCCACCAAAGCCUCGAAGGAAGAAGCCAAUUCGGGGUACCUGUCUCCAGGGCUCAGUCCGAUGGUUCAUGUUACCUCAUCUCUCAUUUCUUGCAGUGUAUAAAGGUAUUUUGCAAAGUUGCCCAGCUUCCCCUGACACACUUGUUCUUCCCUUUGAUAGAGCACUAGAGUUCUGUUACUAGCUAGCACAGGGUUUCUGGCUUGGAGGAUGAUUGUCUAGAAAAGUUACUCUGGAAAGAAACUGUGAAAAGAUGCUUUAAAUCUCUAACUCUGCUCACAUCUCCUAAAGCCUUUCAAACGUGCAGCGCUGCAGCUGUAGAUAUGGGGGGAGGUGAAAAUUAGGGCUGCCUAAACUGAUGGCAGUCAUUCAAACUUAGCAUGAUAAUAGGUAGCUGGUGAAGAGAGACCAUGGCCCGUCACAUGGAUUGGUAUUGUCUCGUAUUGCCCAGUGCUCCAGCCAUCCAUCAGUAUUUGCCUGCUGUCUCCUGCCUUAUUCUUAGAUCAUACAUUCUCUGUGGACUGCCCAUCUGUGCUGUAUUCAUACAGCGCUGAGCAUCACAGGGCUUUAAUUCAUGACUGGAUCCAAGGCGCUGCAGCGGCUCAAUUAAUUAACUAUAGUUGUAAUAAUAGGGUAGAAAAGAAGCAUGUCCAGAGAUCCUGAAGCCACUGUACUCCAUUUCUCCUCCAGUAAAUUCCACCAGAUCCUAAGUAAAGAUGUGUAUUACCAUUAGACAUUGAGUUAAGUCAAUUGCCAUCCAACUCCACUGAAACAAUUUCUAAACCUGCAAUGAGUCUUUUAUCAUAUCAGCCUUUCCAAGAUACAGAAAUUACAGUUUAGGCUAUGAGCAAUUACAUGAAAGACAUGAUGAUUAAGCCCCAACCCAUACAUGGUAGAAGUGAUGAAUCUUCAAGAAAGUGGCUUCGCUUAUUAGUUGGAUGCAAUAAAAGAUGGAGAACGCAUCAUACCAUAGGAGUUAAGACCGUGCUUGGUCAUACUUUACUACACAAUGAUACUCUUAUUGAUUCCUGAUCAGCCAGUACCUGCUGCUGCUAUUGUAUCUGUGAUUUGUUUUUCUAUUAAAAUCAACAAUAAAACCUAUUUAAAGUA